AGAGAAAAGCUUAUUUGGCCACCGCCAUGUGUCUGGUGGCUUUUGCUUGCAUGCUGAUGCUUUCCUACCUCCGGACGCAGAAAUAUUCUUCCCUACCCAAAACUGUCAUGCGCAAGAGCAAAGGCUUCUGCACAGGAGGGAUUGUCAAUAAUUCAAUCUCGGCUUUGAGCGACAACAAAACCUUUGUCAUUGCCCCGUAUUUUGACAACAGGGUGAAGAAACUCAUCAGGGUCAUUGCGAUCGUGCCCCAUGAGGAAGUCAAAGACGUUUACUGCUUGUUCUGUUGCCCGGCCGGAGAUGACAUAUACAUUUCCAAGGCUUUGAUCAAUGUCCACGAAGAUCGAUUUGGAUUUCCCUAUGCAGUGACAGACUUGCUUUGUAUGGAACCCACAGACUGCCAUCCACAGUAUAUAUCACUUAACCGGUUUCCUCAAGGAAAUGCUGGCUUGCUACCUCGCUUUGAAAUACAGAAUCGUAAGACCACAAACUCUCUCGUGGAUUUCACUGUGUGCAUCUCCACCAUGUUUGGAGACUACAACAACGUCUUGCAAUUCAUACAGAGCAUGGAAAUGUAUAAACUUCUUGGGGUGCAGAAGGUGGUUAUCUACAAGAACAGCUGCAGCCAACUGAUGGAGAAAGUCCUGGAGUUUUAUAUGGCAGAAGGGACCGUUGAGAUAGUCCUCUGGCCAAUCACAGCCUACCUCAGUGUUUCUACUGAAUGGUUUUACAAUCACGACGGGAGUCAAAUAGGUUACUAUGGACAAAUCGCAGCCUUGAACGACUGCAUCUACCGGAAUAUGUACAGAAGCAGGUACGUCUUGCUUAACGACAUUGAUGAAAUCAUUCUGCCCAAUCGGUAUCCAGACUGGAAAACCAUGAUGCAGGAUCUUCAGGAUCAGAACCCAGAGGUUGGUAUUUUCCUAUUUGAGAACCACGUUUUUCCUAACACCGUAUUUACUUCUGCUGACGUUCCAUCGUGGAGCGCAGUACCAGGAGUCAACAUACUGCAGCAUGUGUUACGAGAACCAGACAGAAAAGAAGUCAUCAACCCGCAGAAAAUGAUUGUCAACCCACGGAAAGUGGUUCAGACGUCUGUACACUCUGUCCUCCAGGCAUUUGGAGAAAGUAUAGAUGUUCCAAUGGAGGUUGCUAUCGUCUACCACUGCCGGACCCCAUUCCAGCCAGACUUACCCAGGGAAUCUUUGAUUAGGGACACAACACUCUGGCGGUUUAACUCAUUGCUGAUCAGUAGAGUUAAUCAGGUACUACGAAAAAUACUGUUGUUAAAAGGAAAGCGAUAG